AUGAUGAACUCCAUUUCUAGACCAGUUACUGAGUUUUGCCUUGAUCUCUACAAUAAGCUCAGCAGAAAUGCAGAGGACACAAAUAUCGUCUUCUCUCCAGUGAGCAUCUCUGUUGCCCUGGCCCUGAUCUAUCUGGGUGCAAGAAACAACACUGCUGCUCAGAUAGAAGAGGUGCUCCACAUAAGGAAAUCUGCAGGAGGAAUGAGCCUUGGAUAUGAUCAAGAGAAUGCAGCCCCAGAAAUGGAGCCAAAAGAAACCCGGGAGAGACAGCCUUCUUUCUCACAGUGUAACAAGGAUGGAGACCUUAACCAUAAAGUGUUCCAGACAUUGCUUUUGCAACUACAAAACCUUGGCGAAAGAUAUGUUUUAACCCUGGCCAACAAUCUCUUUAUACAACAAGGAUUUGAAAUCCAGCAGCAAUUUCUAAUGUGUACCAAGGAACUGUAUGGAGCAAUGCUGCAAACAGUGGACUUUCAUGGUGCUGUUGAAGCUGCCAGAAGAAAAAUUAAUGCUUGGGUUGAGAGUGAGACACAAGGUAAAAUCAAGGAACUCUUUGCUCCUGGUGUGAUUGAUGGACAUGCAUUGCUGGUGCUGGUGAAUGUCAUCUAUUUCAAAGCAUCAUGGGAACACAAGUUUGAGGAACAAAAAACAGUACAGAGAGAUUUUAAACUGAAUCAGAACAGAAAAAAACCUGUACAGAUGAUGUAUCAGAAAGGCACAUUUAAACUAGGCUACAUUGAGGAGGUGGGUGCUCAGAUCCUUGAACUCCCUUAUGCUCAGAAGUUACUGAGCAUGAUCAUCCUGCUGCCAGGUGACGUGGCUGAUGGAUCUAUCAGUGGGCUGGAGCAGAUUGAAAGCAAAAUGACCUAUGAAAAUUUAAUGCUGUGGACCUCUGUAGAGAACAUGUUUGAGACAACAGUGGAGGUCUACCUCCCCCGAUUCAAGCUUGAAGACACAUUUAACCUCAAUGAGGUGUUACAAGAGAUGGGGAUGACUGAUAUCUUCACUGAAUCAAAAGUUGACCUCUCUGCAAUGUCGUUUGCAAAAUCUCUGGUGCUGUCAAAUGUUGUCCAUAAGACGUAUGUGGAAGUCAAUGAGGAAGGUACCGUAGCAGCAGCUGGUACAGGAGCUAGCAUUGUGAGGAGAUCUAUGCCUCUCACAGAGGUGUUUAUGGCUAAUCACCCUUUCUUAUUCUUUAUUCGACACAAUCCUACCAAUACUAUUAUUUUCUUUGGCAAACUCCGUUCACCUUAAAAUCAGGGCUAUUUUAUAGCAUUGUAAGGAAC